AUGUUCAAACCCGUUGCUUCCAACGAGCGGUUGGUUCCAAGCAUGGCUAGCCUGUGGCAGGAUGAAACCCGAAGGCGAAAGAAGCGUCUUGGUAUUCACGAGCCGGGAAGUAGCCCAUUUGGCCCGGAGGAACUUAUUUCGAUGUCGGCCGAUCCACGAAGUAAGACUGAUGGAGACUGGAUCCAUGAAGAGGAAUUUCGCGAAAUGGUCCUUCAAAGGGCCGCCGAGGAGAAACGCUACAGCGAUGGUAAAGAUGUCAACUUUGAGAAUUUCCUUAAGAAAGAUUCUUUCGAGGAUAACGUCAAGACUGCGCUUGAAAGUAUAGAAGACUUUUUCCCGGAUAAUAUUCGGCAAUCGAGACUCGAAAUGUAUCAAGCUCGAAGCACAGGUGAACGAGGCGAUGCGGAGAUUUCCGUGGAUGAAAGCGCGGUCCUGUCUUCUGAGCACGACAGGGAUCAUUACGGCUCAGAUGGCGAUCUUACUGACAAACUUGAUGACACUGACGAAGCUGCUGAUCCCUUCGAUGAUGAGCUUGGUGAUGAUCUUUUUGGCAUAGGCUUUGAGUACCUUAAAGGACAGCAAGGCUUGAAUACGGAGGACUUCCCUCAAGUUGAUACCAGAAACUCCUCAAAAAAUCACCUUGGCGAAAUUUCCGAGUCAGAAAGCGAAUUAGAGCCCGGCAAUACCAACGGUGGUUCUCGAAACGCAACCCUUAAACGGCCACGAUUUGUAAAAACUGAUGACGACAUCUCGCGCAAAAGACAAAGAACCCCUAAGGAACAGCACCUACACAAUUCCCAGACGUCUUCAUUCCAGGAUCGUCGACAACCGGCGCACCCAAGUACCCAGAACGUAAAUGACAUCACUGGCCGUGCUCCAGGCACACAGGAUCGUAAACUGACACCUCGAUCGAAACCAUCCUACCAAACUGCCAAUCGACCCAAAGGGUCCACGCAAGAUAUCAGACUCAAUUUCCCGGUUGUAAAGAAUGCCAAUGAUCCCAGCCCAGCUCUGGCAUUCAACCUGGAAGGGGAUUUUACCCCCAAAGCAACAGCGGACACUCUCCUGACCCAGGAAAGCGCGAUUUCGUCCAAAACUGACACCAAAAAUUCUCAAGAUGCCCACACAGGGACAUAUUCGCAGCAUCAAUCAUUCUCUACGGACACUGGCUUGGAUAUUUAUAGCUCGCCCGUAUAUGAACUCGCGUCGAGUAUCUGCCAGUCCUUUAACAUGCUCCUGGACACACGGAUAUACUGCUUCCGAGCCCCCUGUCCCACCCCUGAUGAAGUCUCCUCAACGCUCAAUGACCAUGGUUAUCCAUCCGUCAUCUAUCAAAAAGCUCACUAUGGCGAUGAGAAGGAUGUACCUGAGCGGCCGCGGGAAUAUGCAGGUCGCGAGUUUCGCUUGGAAGGGAGCAGCAUACAUUAUCUUCCAGACUUUGAUCCCUCAGGAAGGUCUCCAGCGAUGCUUGGCGCGCAGGGUGCUGCUUCAGUUGAUCGGGAUAACCAAGGGGUAAUAGAUCAGCAACUACGGGAAUCCACUUCAUGCAGAGUCUGGGAAUUUGCUCCUGUACCUCCCAGUCGCUCAGAGGUUGUGCAAUGGUUUGAGAACAUGAUGUCCGAUUUGAAGUCUCAGCCAGCGCAAGCGAACAAAACCCGGAUCGAACCAAACCUGAAACCUAAUGUUCUUUCGCAAAUCGAAGGUCCCACCCAAAAGGACUAUAGCACCAAAUAUCCCGCCAAAGGUCAGUCGACAAGCAUGGAGCAUCAGAACCAAUACACGAGCAUAAUGAGCUUGGAGGUCCACGUGAACAGCCGUGGGGUACUAUCUCCAAAUCCAGAGGAGGACGAGGUUUCAUGCGUAUUCUGGUGCAUCCAGUCAGAAGACGAAGAUCUUGACCCCAACGGCAACAUUCCUGGUGUCCACGUGGGAAUGAUAUACCAAGGAGAAGGCGACGUGCCGGAAACAAAGAUCAUUCGGGCGCUGAGAAUCGAGACGGAUCAGCAAGCCACCGAACUUGAUCUGAUUAACCGGAUGGUGGAUAUAGUUCGGUUCUAUGACCCAGAUAUCAUCACCGGGUAUGAAGUUCACAACAACUCCUGGGGCUAUCUAAUCGAAAGAGCACGGAAGAAGUAUGACUUCGACCUGUGCGAUGAGCUAUCGAGAGUGAAGUCUCAAGCACAUGGAAGAUUCGGCAAAGACAGUGACCGAUGGGGCUUCAAUCACACCUCUUCAAUCCGAGUGACAGGCCGACACAUAAUCAACCUCUGGCGAGCUAUGAGGAGCGAGCUUACCUUGCUGCAAUACUCGAUGGAGAAUGUCGUCUUCCACGUCCUACAGCGCCGGAUACCUCACUACUCAUUCCAAGACCUUACAGCAUGGUACCAGAGCGGGAAACCUCGUAACCUCAUGAAGCUCGUCAGUUACUACGCGUCUCGCGUGCAAAUGAAUCUGGAGAUCCUGGAGUCAAACGAAUUGAUAUCGCGGACCAGCGAACAAGCAAGAUUGCUGGGCGUCGAUUUCUUUUCUGUCUUUUCCCGGGGAUCACAAUUCAAGGUUGAAUCGCUGAUGUUCCGAAUUGCAAAACCCGAGAACUUCAUGCUCGUCUCUCCGAGCAGGAAGCAAGUUGGCCAGCAGAACGCGCUUGAAUGUCUCCCGUUGGUUAUGGAGCCUCAAAGCGACUUCUACACGAGCCCCCUCGUUGUGCUGGAUUUCCAGUCACUAUACCCUAGUGUCAUGAUCGCGUAUAAUUACUGCUACUCAACGUUUUUGGGAAGAGCACGUCAAUGGCGAGGCCGGGAUAAAAUGGGUUUCAUGGACUACCAACGACAACCACAACUCCUGGAACUGCUCAAGGACAAGAUCAACAUCGCACCGAAUGGCAUGCUCUACACAAAACCCGAAGUGCGAACAUCUCUCCUCGCAAGAAUGCUCACGGAGAUCCUGGAAACUCGCGUGAUGGUCAAAACUGGUAUGAAACUAGACAAAAACGACAAAAUCUUACAGCGUCUCCUAAACAAUCGACAACUAGCCCUCAAGUUAAUCGCGAACGUCACUUAUGGCUAUACCUCCGCCUCAUUCUCGGGGCGCAUGCCUUGCUCAGAGAUAGCAGAUAGUAUCGUGCAAACCGGACGGGAGACACUCGAGAAAGCAAUUGCUCUGAUCCACUCCGUGGAAAGCUGGGGCGCUGAGGUCGUCUAUGGAGAUACAGACAGUCUCUUCGUAUACCUCAAGGGUCGGACACGUGAAGAAGCCUUCGACAUCGGCGAGGAGAUCGCAAAAACCGUAACAGAUACGAACCCGCGCCCCGUGAAGCUUAAAUUCGAGAAAGUCUACCACCCCUGCGUCCUUCUCGCCAAGAAACGAUACGUCGGUUUCAAAUACGAACAUCGUGACCAGAAAGAACCCGAGUUCGAUGCAAAAGGUAUUGAAACAAUCCGACGGGACGGCACACCAGCCGAACAAAAGAUCGAAGAGAAAGCCCUCAAAACUCUCUUCCGAACAGCAGACCUAAGCCAGGUUAAGAGCUAUUUCCAGAAACAAUGCACAAAGAUCAUGCAAGGCAACGUCUCGAUCCAGGACUUCUGCUUCGCGAGAGAAGUGCGCCUCGGAACAUACAGCGAGCGAGGACCCCCUCCACCAGGUGCGCUUAUCAGCACCAAGAAAAUGCUCGAGGAUCCCCGUCUCGAGCCUCAAUACGGAGAACGAGUUCCCUACGUCGUCGUCACUGGUGCACCCGGGUCAAGAUUAAUCGACCGCUGCGUGGCGCCGGAGACCCUCCUCAACGACGCCCAACUAGACCUCGAUGCAGAAUACUACAUCACGAAGAACAUAAUCCCGCCACUCGAACGCAUCUUCAACCUCGUAGGUGCCAACGUCCGUCAGUGGUACGACGAAAUGCCGAAAUUUCAUCGCAUCCGUCGCAUUGAAGGAACCACCACAUCCACAUCCUCUACCUUAUCUUCAUCUCUUUUAAUACCACAAACAACCACGACAAUCGGCAAAACUCUCGAAUCCUACAUGAAAUCCUCCCUCUGCCUUGUCUGCAAAGCCAACAAAAUUUCUGAAUCCACCAGUUCCAGUCAUAAAAACCUCCCUCUCUGCGACGAUUGCCUCCGAACACCACACAUCUCUCUCCUCACGCUUACUUCGCGGCGACAAGUGGCUGAAAAGCGUGUUUUGGAUCUCCAUCGUAUCUGUCGUUCGUGUAUGGGAGUUUCUUUUGGUGAUGACGUGAAUUGUGACAGUAAGGAUUGUCCUGUUUUUUAUUUGAGGACGAGGCAUAUGGCGAAUUGGAGGCAUGCGAGGGUUGUCUUGGAUCCGGUUGUGAAGGCGUUGGAGGAUUGGGGAGAUGAUGAUUUUGCUGGGAAUCGGAAUGGGAGUUUGGAUUGGUAG